CCGCGAUUCACAAUUGCUUUGUCGCUCCAAGUUGCUCAUAGCAUGCUCCAAACCAAGUGGCUCCUUGGGCUUGCAGUGGCCGUCGCUGCGGGUUCGUCCGCCCUCUCGUGUGGCCCCUCCCAGUACCUCGACCCAAUCUCGAGUGUUUGCGUCAACUAUGCCAACCAAGGCGCCAAGGCUGGUGCCGUCCUUGAUGGAGCGCUGGACACGGGUAGCACUGCGUGGAUGCUCAUGUCAUCCGCGCUUGUCAUGAUCAUGACGCCGGGCGUCGCCUUCUUCUACGCCGGCCUCGCGGGCGAAGACAUGGCGUCCAACACGAUGAUGAUGUCGUUCAUGAGCAUGGCGCUCGUCUCGAUCCAGUUUUGGCUCUUUGGCUACUCGGUGGCGUUUAGCUCGGACGGCCUCUUUAGCUGGGCGACGUACGCCAAGGUGGGGAAGCUCCCGAGCGCCACGUACGCGACGACGUCCCCGCACAUUGUCUUUGCUCUCUUCCAAACCCAGUUUGCGACGAUUACGCCGGCGCUGCUCAGCGGCGGCAUUGUCGGUCGCAUGAAGUUUAGCACCUACGUCCUCUUUCUCCUUCUAUGGACGUCCAUCGUCUACGACCCGCUGGCCAAUUGGAUGUGGUCCUUGAAACUCGACGACAACUGGGCGGCCAAGGCCAUGGGCUGGGAAGGCAAGCUCGGCGCGCUCGACUUUGCUGGCGGCACCGUCAUCCACGUUGCGAGUGGCUUUGGCGCCCUCGCGUCCGCGCUCGUCGUCGGAAGUCGCACCAACGGCGGCGAGGUUAAGCCCCACAACGUCCCGCUCGUUAUGAUUGGCACGACCUUGCUCUGGUUUGGCUGGUUCGGCUUUAACGCCGGGUCCGAGGGCGCUGCCGACGGCGUCGCGGCCAUCGCCGCCAUCAACACGCACCUCGCCGCGUCAGCAGGCUUUUUGACUUGGGCGUUUGUCGAUUACUUAAGCAGCGGCAAGGUUGAUCCGUGUGGCGCCGCCAGUGGCGCAGUCGCGGGCCUCGUCUGCAUCACCCCGGGCUGCGGCUAUGUCUUUCCAUGGGCCGCCGUGAUCUUUGGGAUCCUCGGCGCCACCACCGGGUUUGCGGCCGUGCGCAUGAAGAACCGCCUCGGCUACGACGAUACGCUCGACUCGUUUGCGAUCCACGGGUGCGCGGGCUUCGUCGGUGGUCUCCUCACAGGUCUCUUUGCCACGCCUGAUGUGAACCCGGCCAUCGUCGGCGGCGCGUUCUACGGCCACAGUAUGCAGUUUGUGUACCAGCUCGUCGCCCAGUGCGUCACGGCGGGCUACUCGUUCGUCGUCACGACGCUUCUCCUCCUUGCGCUCAAGCACACGAUCGGCCUCCGCGUCUCCAAGGAGAAGGAAAUCCUCGGCAUGGACGCCGUGUACCAUGGCGGCCUCGCCUACGACCACACUCUCACGCGCUCUGGGUCGCGCCCCACAGGCGAGAUGGAGUGAGAACGACUAAGAUAAUUGCAUUGAUACUCUUUGCAUGAGACGUGAGUUCUCCAAUGGAAAGCGUCAGAUGUACAAAAAGCAUAUGCGUUCAAGUUGAUAAUUGGGUUGAGUUACG